CCACACGAGGGGGUAUGUCUGCAGCACAGGCCCUAAGCCAGGGGACAGAGGGAAGGAUAGAAGGUGGAUCUGAGCCUGAGGCAGUAGAACCGCCCCAGAUCCUCCCAUUCUGGGGCUGAAGCAGGAAGAAGGUGGAGCCUGUACUCAGACAGCCCUGGAAGUUAUUCACAAAUCAGGGGUCUCCCAAAACUUGGGGCCUGAAAAUAGGAAAUGCCACUCCAGCUGCCGGGACCAAGAACAAAUCUGAGACCAGCCUGUCAAAGUUGCCUGGAACAGUCCCCACACAUCAGAAAGCGCCUUGAGAAGUUAUAUAAAGAAAUAUUCUACUUCAACUUUAAAAACCUAUUUUAUGCCACUGGUCGUCACAACACCUUCCUGUGCUACCAAGUAAAAAGAACACAGCACGGCUUAACCAACCCCCUGGACCGUGGGGUCUUUACAAAACAGUACUACUCCAGGACAUGUCUCCACGCAGAGCAGUGCUUCCUCUACUGGUUCCACGAGCACAUGCUGGACCCCGCGGAGGACUACCAGGUCACCUGGUAUAUAUCCUGGAGCCCCUGCUCUACGUGUGCAGACGAGAUGGCCAGCUUCCUGGCCACUCACCGCAACGUGAGCCUCACCAUCUUCUCCGCCCGCCUCUACUACUUCUGGAACUCCGCGUACCAGAAUGGGCUUCGCAAGCUGUAUCAGGAAGGGGCCCAGGUGAAGGUCAUGACCUUCCAAGAAUUUGAAGACUGUUGGGAAAACUUUGUGUACAACAAGGGAGAGUCAUUCAUGCCAUGGAAAGGACUAUCUAGAAAUAAUAGGUUCCUGAAAAAUGAACUGAAGAAGAUUCUUGGAAGCCCGAUGAGUCUGCUGAAGGAAGACAUAUUCCUCUACCAGUUUAACAACCAGCAGCAGGUCCAGAAGCCCUACUUCCGCAGGAGGACCUACCUGUGCUACCAGCUGGAGCAGCCCAAUGGCUCCCGGCCACAGUGGCCUGCCAAAGGCUGCCUUCAAAACAAGAAGGGUCACCAUGCAGAAAUUCGCUUUAUUAAGAGGAUCCAUUCAAUGGGACUGGAGCAAGACCAGGACUACCAAAUCACCUGCUAUAUCACAUGGAGCCCCUGCCUGGCCUGUGCCUGCGCAUUGGCUGAGCUCAAAAACCAUUUCCCUCGACUCACGCUUCGGAUUUUCGCCUCCCGCCUGUACUUCCACUGGAUCAGGAAAUUUCAGAUGGGGCUGCAACACCUGUACAAAUCCGGGGUCCUGGUGGCUGUCAUGAGCCUCCCAGAGUUUACUGAUUGCUGGGAAAAGUUUGUAAACCACCGGCAAGUGUUCUUCACUCCCUGGGAUAAACUAGAGGAACACAGCAGAAGCAUCCAGAGGCGGCUCAGGCGGAUCCUGCAGUCCUGGGAUGUGGAUGAUUUAACAGAUGACUUCAGAAAUUUACGGCUUUGACCCACUUCACCUUCAGUGACAGGAAGGGACUUCUGACCAUUCCUGGAGCACCAUGUGGCCUACCAAACAGGAGCAAGCAGCAAGCUGCAAAUACCUGGCCCAACCCAAACCUGGCCCUGGUUCAAGUCUAAAAGACCUUUCUUUCCUCUCAAAUUUUUGUUUUAUCUUCUUUUGUAAG